UUCAUCUAGUCUAGUCUAAAUCUAAAAGAAAAUGGCCCAGAAGAAGACUGAUCGUAAGAUUAUAUGCCUUCAGGUCUUUUCUCAGCAAGCGCAUAUAGGUGUAAGCACCCCCAAAAAACUCGAAAUUAUGUGAGUAAACGAAGUUGCAGACGCAGACUCGCCGGCCAUGGGCGCGUGGUGCUCUGUUGAGUAAAAAAAUUGUUUAUAGUAAUUAAUGUAUUCAACCAAAAUAAGGCGAACCCAUAAUGAAGGAAGGAGAGAAGAAGAGAUCCCAAAUCAAAACUCGUGCAGUUGUGCAGCUCGCACCUAGCAGUGCAUGUGCUGGCAGCUCUCUCGCCUCGCCGAUGAAAGCUCUUUCUCGGCAAGCGUAAUGGCCAUUCAUCCGCUCGUCUUCUUGUGAACUCGUUUGAUGGUUGACUCUUCGUCCUAUCUUCCACUUUCCAUCAUUGCACGCUACUACUUUUCCGAGAUUCUAUUUCUGCACCAAAAUUGUAAUUUUGUUUUUGAAUUUCGUCGUACUUUAAUUACAUGGGUUCGAAGCCGUUCUUCUCUCCGGCGCCGGCGUAUCACAGCUUCGAGGCAUAUUGGGACACCGACGACGAUAAUCCCGGUCCUCGCUGUGGCCACACUCUCACCGCCGUCGCCGCCACCAAAACUCAAGGCCCCCGCCUGAUCCUCUUCGGCGGCGCCACCGCCAUCGAGGGUGGCACUUCCUCCGCUCCCGCCAUCAGGCUGGCCGGUGUGACAAAUUCUGUUCAUUCUUUUGAUGUUCUCACUAGGAAGUGGACCAGACUCCGUCCCGCCGGUGAGCCGCCUUCUCCUAGGGCGGCGCACAUUGCGGCUGCAGUUGGCACCAUGGUUGUGUUUCAGGGCGGCAUAGGUCCUUCUGGGCAUUCAACAGAUGAUCUCUACGUACUGGACUUGACCAAUGACAAAUUCAAGUGGCACAAAAUUGUGGUCCAAGAACAGGGUCCUGGGCCGCGGUAUGGUCAUGUAGCUGGCUUGGUUGCCCAACGAUAUCUUGUUACUGUCUGCGGCAAUGAUGGGAAAAGAGUAUUGUCAGAUGCUUGGGUUCUGGAUACUGCUCAGAAGCCAUAUGUGUGGCAGAGGCUAAAUCCAGAAGGUGAUAGACCAUCAGCUAGAAUGUAUGCAACAGCCAGUGCACGCUCAGAUGGCAUGCUUUUGUUGUGUGGAGGAAGGGACUCCUCUGGUGUGCCACUAGCAGAUGCUUAUGGGCUGCUUAUGCAUAGGAAUGGUCAGUGGGAGUGGACGCUUGCACCUGGGGUGUCUCCUUCACCAAGAUAUCAACACGCUGCUGUCUUUGUUGGUGCUAGAUUGCAUGUUACUGGAGGUGCUCUUAGAGGAGGACAGGCAGUUGAAGGUGAUGCAUCUAUUGCAGUGCUGGACACUGCCGCUGGAGUCUGGUUGGAUAGAAAUGGGCUGGUGACUUCUUCACAAACAAUCAAGAGACACAGUGAACAUGAUUCUUCUUUGGAGCUUAUGACUCGCUGCCGACAUGCAGCUGCUUCUGUCGGAGUUCAGAUAUAUGUUUACGGUGGUCUCCGAGGAGAUAUGUUGUUAGAAGAUUUUGUGCUUGCCGAAAAUUCACCUUCUGGUUCUCCUAUAUUAACACCAGAGAGGGCCUCAACUGUGACAAGUUUAAGAACAAACAAUUCCAGUUUAAAUUUAUACAACGCAACACCAAGUCUGAACAGCAGAGCUGAGAUUCCUUUCUCUGGUGGUGCAAGCAUGGAUAAUAACUCUAUGGAGAAACUGGUAGAGGCUUCUGCUGCUGAGGCUGAGGCAGCUAAUGCUGUGUGGCAAGCUGCCCAGGCGGCUUCUACCACUCCUGCAGAAGAAACGUCUUUUUCAGAUGACAACUCACAAGUUGCAGAAACCACUUCAGAGUGUAGUGACACUGACUCAGAUGUUCACCUUCAUCCAAGAGCGGUUGUAGUUGCUAAAGAGGCAGCUGGGGACUUGGGUUUAAUGGUAAGACAGUUAUCUUUGGAUCAUUUUGAAAAUGAGAGUAGACGAAUGGUUCCUUUGCAGAAUGACCAGCCUUAUUCGACCAAAAAAAUCACCAGGCAGAGGUCUCCUCAAGGCUUGCAGAAGAAGGUUAUUUCCACUUUGCUGAGGCCUCGGAACUGGAAAGCUCCUGCUAACAGGAGGUUUUUUUUGGAUUCUUAUGAAGUGGGUGAGCUUUGCUAUACUGCUGAACAGAUCUUUAUGCAGGAGCCCACAGUUCUUCAAUUAAAAGCUCCUGUCAAAGUGUUUGGAGAUCUUCAUGGACAGUAUGGUGAUUUAAUGCGGUUAUUUGAUGAAUAUGGAUUUCCUUCCACUGCAGGAGACAUAACGUAUAUUGACUAUCUGUUUCUUGGUGAUUAUGUUGAUCGAGGACAACACAGCUUGGAGACCAUAUCUUUGCUGCUUGCGCUCAAGAUUGAGUAUCCUGAGAAUGUUUAUUUGAUACGUGGGAAUCAUGAGGCAGCUGACAUAAAUGCUCUCUUUGGUUUUCGUAUUGAGUGCAUUGAGAGAAUGGGAGAGACCGAUGGGAUCUGGGCAUGGACACGAUUCAAUCAACUUUUUAACUAUCUUCCACUGGCUGCACUUGUUGAGAAAAAAAUUAUCUGUAUGCAUGGAGGCAUAGGACGGUCAAUAAAUUCAGUAGAACAGAUAGAGAAACUUGAAAGGCCCAUAACAAUGGAUGCUGGAUCAAUAGUCUUAAUGGAUCUUCUAUGGUCUGAUCCCACAGAAAAUGAUAGUGUAGAGGGUUUGAGGCCAAAUGCAAGAGGUCCUGGUCUCGUCACUUUUGGGCCUGAUCGAGUCACAGACUUCUGUAAGAGAAACAAAUUGCAACUCAUUAUAAGAGCCCAUGAAUGUGUUAUGGAUGGAUUUGAACGGUUCGCUCAGGGGCAGCUGAUCACUCUUUUUUCUGCAACAAACUAUUGCGGGACGGCAAAUAAUGCCGGAGCAAUAUUGGUAGUUGGAAGAGGGUUAGUCAUCGUUCCAAAAUUGAUCCAUCCCUUGCCACCUCCCUUUCAGUCCCCCGAGACGUCUCCAGAGCGAGUCAUUGAUGACGCAUGGAUGCAGGAGCUUAACGUUCAAAGACCCCCCACGCCUACCAGAGGUCGUCAACAGCCUGACCUUGACCGGAAUUCACUUGCAUAUAUGUGAUUUCAUGUCAUAUGCUCUUCAUUUUCUAAGAAGACAAGAUCAUUGCAAAAUACAGUUUAUCAUGUUGUAUUUUCAUAGAACAUUAAGUUCCAUAGGAAUAAGUAAUAUAGGAAACAGGUAUAACUUGGGAAUUGUAAAAGAGCUCGUUGUUAGCAGACUGGUGGCGACCGUGCUUUGCAUUAUAGGAUUUGCGCAAUUAAUCCCAGGGUUCACCAUCACUCUAGACAAACAUAAAGUAAUUGUAAAUUACAACAAUGUACAUGUAAAUUAGUUAUCAUUUUGUAGAGGAGCGGGUAAAGGUGCAGAUUUAAGAGUGGCGAGUCUUGAGUAUUAUAUUAAAAUGAUGGGAUUACGAGCAAGAUAGUUUAUCUCUUCUGUAACUUAUUUAAUAGUGAAUUUUGUUCUUUAUUCGGCUGCGAACAUAAAUUAUUUUGUCAUAGCACCUCAAA